AUGUACGAUAAAUUGAGACUCCUGUCUUCCAAACAAGCGUACACUCUCGAGCCUCUCAGUGGCACUGGACAGUCACUCACCAUCGAUAGAGCUACUCGUGAAUUAAAUCUAGUAAACUCGCCCAAGGAUGUACACAGUGAUGUUGAUAGCGUCAUCACACUAUACGGUAUACUCGGUAUUAUUCACCUCUCCACUACUCCGUUCCUCAUUGCUAUCAGCGACCGUGAACUCGCUGGUACAAUCAAUGGCUGUGAUGUUUACAGAGCCACUGACUUUAAAAUGUUCCCUAUAGACCGCUCUUCCACUCUGUCUGAAAUCCUUAAACAUCCCGUCGACGGUGUUUUACUAGGUCUACUCAAAGAUCACUUUAGAGACGGUAACUUCUUCUUUUCUCAUUCUUUCGACGUUACAAGCAGUUUACAGAGGCAGCAACGACACAACCAAGGGCCACUCCAUCACAGAUCGGACGAUCGCUUCUUUUGGAACAAGUUCCUUCAAAUGCCUUUGCUGGAAUCUGAGCUUGAUCUCAGCAAAUUUAUCCUCCCUGUCAUCUACGGCUUCCUCGAGAUUAAGCCAACGAGUAUCUUCGGUCAACCCCUCUCCAUUACCCUGAUUGCAAGAAGAUGCAGAUACAGAGCAGGUACUCGUUAUUUUAGCAGGGGUAUAGAUAGUCAUGGAAAUGUUUCAAAUUUCAACGAAACUGAGCAGAUUGUACAAAUCGGCAAUAAUACUCUCUACUCACACGUACAAUGCAGAGGUUCUGUGCCUAUUUAUUGGUCAGAGAUCAACACUCUCAGAUACAAGCCUGAUCUUCAAAUAAUGGACUUACCUCAGAUAACUGAGUCUCUCAGACUACACCUCAGCUCACUCGUUGACCACUAUGGCAAGGUCACCUGCAUCAACCUUGUCAAUCAAAAGGGUUAUGAAAAGCCAGUUAAGGAGUGGUUCGAAGCUGCGCUUGACAAGAUUGACCACCCCAACACUGAUUACUUGUACUUUGACUUCCACAGCGAAUGCAGCAAGAUGCGUUGGGACAGAAUCCAGAUCCUGAUUGAUCGCCUAGAUGAUGACCUAAAAGCACAAGGCUAUUUCAAGAAGGAUGCUCAAACCGUAUCUAAUACCCAACAGAGUGUCUUCAGAACCAACUGCAUGGAUUGUCUCGAUCGCACCAAUGUAGUACAGAGCGCAGUGGCUAGAGUUGUACUCACUGCACAGCUCGCUGACGCUAAUUUGAUCGGACCUAGCGAUCAGCUCAGUGAUGAUAUUGGAUUCAAUUAUCUCUUCAGAAAUAUCUGGGCUGACCACGCAGAUGCUGUCUCCGUCACUUACAGCGGCACGGGCGCACUCAAGACCGACUUCACCCGCACAGGUAGACGUACACUCCAAGGAGCGUUCUGGGAUUUAGUCAACAGCAUAACGAGGUACAUUAAAAACAAUUACUACGACGGCAGUAGACAGGAUGCGUUUGAUUUUGUGCUCGGCGCUUGGUCACCUCGUGUGUCAAAUCCACGUGCUGUGAUCAAAGACGACAGGUCUGCAAUAACGAAAGCCGUGCCUUAUGUACUGACAUAUUCACUCCUCGUGCUCAUUUCGGGUGUUGUGUUGCCGAAAGAGAGAGGAAGAUCACUGCUUACGUUCUACCUCCUCUUCUCUAACCUCGUCGCACUCUCGUCCGUGUACCUAGUCGCGAACGGCAGGGAGUACGUCGCAUGGCCUAAACUCAACCCUCUAGACAGUAUCAUCAACUAUAAAGGACCGGGUUAUAGAGGCGCCAUGCACGGUAGAGGCUUCGCUUGGGGCGUUGGAUCUAGCGGCUUGCGCAGCCAGAGUGCUUCCUCUGUCGAUGAGAUCGAGAUGGGUAAGAAGGCUAGUUAG